AUGAUGAACACAACGAAACUCAUCAAGAUGGCCAAGAAAUGGCAACAGAGAGCAGCUCUCAAGAGGAAAAGAAUCUCAUUUCAGAGAUCCAUUUCUACUACUAGCAGCUCAACUGCAGCAGAGAAGGGUUGCUUUGUAGUCUACACGGCAGAUAAUACCCGGUUUGCUUUUCCGAUAAGUUAUCUGAGCAACUGUGUUUUCCAAGAGAUCUUAAAGAUAGCGGAAGAAGAGUUUGGCAUCCCAAGCGGUGGACCAAUCACGUUGCCCUUUGAUUCGGUUUUCUUGGAGUAUCUAAUCAAACUGAUCGAAAGACGAAUGGAUGGAGACACAGAAAAGGCUCUGUUAAUGUCAAUCUCAAGUGCUAGAUGUUCUUUACAACAACAAGAACAACAUUGUCAUACUACUCAACAAUUACUUGUGUUUUAA